UGUAGAUAUACAUAUUUUGUUCUUGAUGACCUGAUCCAUUUGAUACUCUUUUGUUUUCUUUUGUUGACUAUCUUGGGGUUAAUUGAUUAGUCUCCUCCCCAUCUAUACUUAUCCUCGCUGUCUUCCAUGACGGUUACUAUCGACCUUCCAACACACUUAAUUCCUGUAUAGCAAUAUUUCACCCAUUUCCCCCCAUUGUAUUCCCUCACUGGCUCGCAAUCAUGGCGCCCCAUCCCCAUCACAAGGGCGGGGAGCACUCUCCCAAGCAACACCGCGUGGGAGAGCACUGGAGCGGUGCCAACCCCGUCCCCACAAUCAGCAAAUUCAUGGAGCGUCUAGAGACAGACAAACAAGAACGAGAAGCACACGCCGCUGAAGUGUCCGCCCGACAUGAGCAAAGACAGAUGGAUCGCACGGCAGCGGAAGCCGGUCCGCAUCAACCGCGCAAGAGGCCCAAGGGCAAGACCCGCAUGGUAACCGAUCCGACGACGGGGCGAGAUAUUGAGGUGGAGGACCAAGAUGAGGAGUCAAUGGAGGUGGUCAAAAAUCCCAAGCUGGUCGUUCCGAAUGCCAACCUCGGAAAGCCCACGCACGUCAAAACAGAUCCAAAGGACAGCCUUUCGCAAUACAAGGAGAAUCAGGACAUCACGGCCCCCCCGGAUCCCAUCGCAGAGGGCACCACGUCUGACGUGCCCAUCCACGGCGAGAAAACCAACAUCCUAUUCCAUCCCACACCGACCGUCAGCUAUAGGCCGAUGUUUGAUAAGCUUGAGAAACGUGGUAUAACAUUAUGCGUGGGCAUCAUCUUCAGCGUCGUCGUCCUGGGUCGCUACUUUGGCGGCUCAUUGUGGGGGCUACUCGCUCUGGCGUGCUGCGUGGCUACCGGAGUAUGGCUGUGGGUGAAAGAGGUCAUUCGCAGCGGCCGGGAGAUGGAAUGGAGCACCGAGUUGAUUCGAGGGCAGAUGGCUACGGCAAAUCUACUUCCCGAGUCGGUGGAAUGGAUCAACACGUUCAUGGGCGUCAUCUGGAGCCUGGUCAACCCCGAGAUGCUGUCCCCCGUCGCCGAUACCAUCGAAGAUAUCAUGCAAGCGUCCGCACCCGGUGUGGUCGAGAACGUGCGAAUCGCGGAGAUCGACCAGGGGAAUAACCCCUUGCGCAUCCUCAGCCUGCGUGCCCUACCGGACGAACACGUCGAUCACAUCAUACAAAACAUGCGCGAGGAGAAUAAGAACAAGGACCCCGACGAGGCUGCCGCCCUGGAAGAAGGGGGCAGCUACUACAACCUCGAAGCCUCGUUUGCAUAUCACGCCAAGCCCAGCGGCCAGUCUGCGUCGUCUAAGGCACGCAAUAUGCACAUGGAGAUCGUAUUCUACCUCGGCGUCCGGGGUCUCUUCGGGGUUCCCUUCCCCGUGUUCGUGGAGUUGAUCGAGAUGGUUGGCACGGUGCGCAUCCGGUUCCAGCUGAUGCCCGAGCCGCCAUUCAUGAAGGACAUGACCUUCAGUCUCGUGGGCCUUCCCCACGUCAAAGCCGGGUGUAUGCCGAUGGUCAAGGGCGGCGUCAACAUUCUGAACCUCCCUCUGAUUUCGAAUUUUGUCAACUACGCCAUUGGCACUGCGUGCGGGCUGUUCGCGGCCCCCAAAUCCAUGACCAUGGAUCUCAGCUCCAUUCUCAAGGGCGACGACAUCCUCAAGGAGACCGAGGCCCUGGGCAUCAUGUGGGUGCGCAUCCACCGCGCCAUUGGACUGAGCAAGCAGGAUCGUCGCGGCAGCUACGGCGGCGGCAGCGACCCCUACAUCAACCUGUCGUUCUCCAAGUACGGCAAGCCCAUGUACUGCACGCGGGUGAUCUGCGACGACCUGAAUCCAGUCUGGGAGGAGACGGCGGCGCUUCUGGUCACGCCGGAGCUGAUCAAGGCGGACGAGAACCUGAGCGUGGAGCUGUGGGACUCAGACCGCAACACGGCGGACGACGUCGUCGGCAAGGUGGAACUGCCCAUCCGCGAGAUGAUCCAGCACCCCUGCCGCAUGUACCCACAGGUCUCGAAAUUGCAGGGCCUGAACGAGGGCAGCGAGAUGCCCGGGGAGCUGCAUUGGGAGGUGGGAUUCUUCGGCAAGCCGAAGCUGCGGCCGGAGCUCCGGACGGACGGCAAGAAGAAGGACCUGCCCGCGAACCUGCAGGGCAACCCUCAGUUCCAGGACCCCAAGGGCGUCAUCAGUACCGACCAGGAGGAUGCCGUCGUGCACACGCCACCGGACCCGCUCUGGCCCAGCGGCAUCCUCAGCGUCGUGGUGCAUCAGAUUGUCAAUCUCGAGCUGUCCAACAUCAAGGGCAGCGAUGGCAACCGGAAGGGCAAGGAUUAUGAGCCCGCCAAACCAUACGGAGAGGCUACGGAGGAGCAGGGCAGCGAUUUACCAACCAGCUACUGCAAGAUUAUCCUCAAUGACCAGCUAAUCUACCGCACUCGCGCCAAAGCCGUCAGCUCCAAGCCCAUCUUCAACGCCGGAACCGAGCGCUUCGUCCGCGACUGGCGUUCAGCCAUCGUGACCGUGACCGUGCGAGACCAGCGCUACCGGGAGCACGACCCCAUUCUAGGCGUGGUACCUCUCCGACUAACCGACCUCCUGCGUACCAGCUCGCAACUCACACGAUGGUACCCCCUAGACGGAGGAAUUGGACACGGACGGAUCCGCAUCUCGCUACUCUUCCGCCACGUGGAAACCCGUCUACCCCCACAGAUGCUAGGCUGGGACGUAGGAACAUUCGGGAUCGCAGGGGAAAAGGUCAUCGCGCAAGGAUUUGGGCACAAAGCCAAGAUCAACCUGCGCACAACCGGCAGCAGCAGCAAGAUCAACAAGCACGUAUGCACAGUCGACUCCAACAACAAUGCCGUCUUCGACCUCUCAAACGAGACCUUUCGCAACCAGCUCCGCCUCCCCGUCCGCCACCGCUACCGCUCAGCAAUCGUCUUCGAACUACACCACCCAGGCAAGCGCAGCGUCGCCGGGUAUGCCGUCCUCUGGCUACAGCACCUCGUCGACAACCAAGACACAGCGGUCGACAUCCCCAUCUGGUCAACGCACAACGGCAAGCGGCUCACGCAGAACUACGUCACGGAAGACAACUGGGAGCAGAAGCGCUCGCCGGGGCUGGAAGACCUGCAGCAGAUCGGCCGCCUGCAGUUCCACGCGCAUUUCACACCCGGUAUCGACGAGUCGCACGAGCAGUUCAUCGUUGAUAACCACUCGCGCGAGACCUUCGAGACUUGGGAAGCGCUUGUCGCCGAGGGCGUGCGUCCGCACCGUAUCACCUCGUUCGUCCCGCGGGACAUCGAAGAGCUGCACGAGCGAUCCCUCGUCGAGGGUCGCGACAUCCUCCGCCAUGCGAGUCCCGACGAGCGCCGUCGGUGGAUAGACAAGCAGGGCCAGGACUGGAGCGGCUGUUUUGGCCAUGACCCUGCUGCGUUCUUCGACGCUGAUCACACUGACGAUAACCUCGUCGCUAAGGGUCGUGACCACCACCAUCAUGGCCACAGUCGCCAGCCAACGAGUAGCUCCUACAACAGCAGCGCCGCGCGCACGUCCUACUCAUCCCAGGACCCAACCCGCGAAUAUCAUCAUCAACAAGCGGACGAAAACAAUAUCCACCACCAAGACCAAUACGUCACAAACCUCCAAACCAACAACAUCAACAAUCGCCCAACGAGCGCCCCAACCAGCUCCCCCCAAUACCAACAACCGCAGCAACAACAACGAACCUCCCUCGACAACAAUGACAACUAUGCAGAAGACAGACGCCCCUCAACGGCAAGCAGCAUAGCCGACUCAAGCAUAGCCGACUCCAGCAUAGCCGACUCCAGCACCAGCACGGCGCCGUCAAAAAAGGCAGUGCGCCGCAGCGAGCAGCGUCAGCAGCGCGGCCUGAUGCAGUGGAAGCCAGUGCGGAACGCGGCGUUUGCGCGCGACGAGGCGAAGUUCGCGCUGCGGAAGGUCAGACGGAGGUUUUCGGGGGAUUUGGUGGGGAGAGAGCCGGAUGUGGAGACUGAGACGGGGUAGUCACUGUCUCUUUAGUUUUUGAUUUUUUAUUUUCUUUCUUUGUUUGGUAGUUGGUUUGGGCUGUUUUUUUUUGUGGGUUGUUUUGGGGGUUCUUGGUUUUUCUUUUGGUUUUGUUUUGAGGAUUGUAUGUAUGUACCCAUCUGUAUACUAUGAGUUAUGUGGUAGGAGUGGGUUUGUUAUUGAUUACUCUGUAUGUAUGUGUGCGUGUAUAAUAUUCACAAUAUCAUGUAUAUCUACCUCAGUAGUA